AUGUGCGGCGGCAGCGUGAGCGGGGGAGAGGCGAGCGCGGCAGUGUGCGCAGGGGAGAACGCUGGGCGCGCAACUGACCGCGGAAGAGGCGCAAGUGCCGCCAGCGGUGGCCGGGGGAAUGGCGGAAAAGGGGGUAAGGAGCGCAAGAGCAGCGGAUGCCCGCCACAUCCGGGGUUUAUGGAGAAGCCGCCUAAGGCUGCUGCUGACGUGGCAACCGGUGUAGCCCUUAGAUAUAUUCACCACGCGCUGGAGGUGUCAGCGGAGGAGGCGGCGCGCAUGGUGGGGGAGGAGCGCGCGCGCAUGGAGCGGCGGAGGCGGCUGUACCUAGUCCUGGACCUGGACCACACGCUGCUCAACUCCGCACGCGACAUUGACGUCCCACCCGCGCAUGAGGCCUACCUUGCUGCUGCCUACACCAUCGGCGGCGUGCCGCCUGCUGCCCCGCCUGCUGUGUCACCACCAGCUUCCCUUGCGGCCGCUGCUGCUCCUGCUGCCGCGGCCUCUCCUCCUGCCGCUCCUGCCGCUGCUGCCGGUGCCGAUGCCGGUGCCAGCGGUGGUGCUGUGUGUGCGCGUGCAGCUGAAGGCACUGGGUCAGAAGCGCCCGCUCCCAGUGCUGCCACAGGGGAGCAACAAGCAGGAGAGCCAUCAGCAGCAGGCGGGGCGGCGGAUGCUGCAGAGCCGGCAGGGGAGCAGAGGGAACAGGGCGCAAGCACAGGCGCAGGCACAGGUGAAAACCCCGGGGCUGCCCCGACUACUGCCGCCACUACCGCUGGGCCCGCCACUCCCCCCGCCGCCCUGCCCCCCAUCACCCUCUUCCGCCUGCCCCACAUCCGCAUGUGGACAAAACUCCGGCCGGGAAUAGCCUCGUUCCUGCAGCGCGCGCACGACCUGUUCGACCUGGUGGUGUACACGAAUGGGGAGCGCGCCUACGCGCACGCCAUGGCGGCUCUGCUGGACCCAACGGGGCGGCUGUUUGGCGGGCGCGUGAUCUCGCAUGGGGAUAGCACCGUGCGGGGGUUGAAGGACCUGGAUGUGGUGCUCGGGGCCGAUAGCAUGGUGCUCAUUCUUGAUGACUCUGAAGUGGUGUGGCCGAAGCACCGGCACAACCUGCUGCUAGUGGAGCGGUACCACUUCUUCGCCAGCAGUCGCCAGCACUUCCUCUUACCGGGCCCGUCGCUGCUCGAGUCCCACGUGGAUGAAGCUGAUCAGGGCGGCCUGCUCGAUGCGCUCUGGACGCCCCUCUCCCGCACGCACCAACGCUUCUUCCAGCAGGAGCGUGCCACCAUCCUAUCAGGCUGUCACCUCGUCUUCAGCCGAGUCUUCCCCACCGAUGCCUCCCGCCCGCAAACCCACCCGCUCUGGCGCAUGGCCGAAUCCAUGGGCGCCACCUGUCACACCCAGAUUGGCCCGCAGAUCACGCACGUUGUCGCGCUGGACUGCGGCACGGAUAAGGCCAUCUGGGCCGUGUCGCAGAAGCGCCACCUGGUGCAUCCUGGUUGGCUGGAGGCCUCACUGCUGGUGUGGAAGCGGGCAGACGAAAAAAAGUUUCCGGUGGACUGGGGGAAGGGGCGGGCAGGAUGGUGCCCGAGCAUUCAAGUGGUGGCAACUGUGCCUAUGCCGGCCAAAACUGCUGCUGUUGGGGGUGCAGGGGUGGCGGUGGGUGAAAAGGAUGAGGAGACACGAAAAAGCUUAGUACCCGAGGGUUCUGAGGCUGCAACAGCAGGAGUGGGGGGGACUGGGGGUGAGGGUGGGAGUGGUGUUGUGGGGAAAGAGUCGGAGGCGAUGGUUGGGAAUGCAGAUGCAGUGGUUGGGAGUGGUGCAGAUGCGAUGGACAAACAAGUGUAG